UGGGCUGACAGUCGAGCGUGCGUUAAGCAGCGAGUUGGCUGAGUUAUCAUCGUCGUGGUUUGUUACAAUUGCUGUAAAAGAAUUGAAAAAACAUAUCUCUGAGUAUUAUUUAAAUAUGCGUGGAAUGUGCUUGAACAUGCCGCUGGCAACGAUGUUGUUGUUGUUGUUGCUCUCGAUGCUGGGCACGCACUUGACUGAAGCGACUGAAGCGGCGGCUGUCAACGACGUCGACGUCGCUGCAGCAGCUGUUGACAAGGAUGUGGCACCAGCUGGUGGCGUUGUUAAAACGGAUCUGCUGUCAUUGGAGCAGGAAAUUGGCGGCAAUCCAGCGGCGACACAAGGCGCUCGACGAGCUCGUUUCUUGCUGGGAUUGGGAGUGGGAAUUGGACCAGGACUUGGACUGGGACUUGCACCUGGCUAUGGCUAUGGCUAUGGAGGAUAUGGUGCUGGCUAUGGCUGGGGUUAUCCUUCAUAUGGUGGCUACUACGGUUCACCUUACUACGGCGCAGGAUAUUAUCCUUAUAAGCAAAUUAUCAUUGGCUGAAAAAAGUUCUUCAGCUUCAGUUCCCAAGUUCAAUGUGAGAUUAUAAAUAAUGUGUUGUUGUUAUUAUAAGACAGUUUUAAAUUAAUUUGCCGGACAUAAAAAGUUGAAGAAAA